AUGUUGGUGGAUAGAUCAGGGAUGAGAUUGUCUAUUCAUAAGAUUGACAUUGUUGACAUUGUUGACAUUGUUGACACUGAUCUAUUUACUAACAAAUAUUCACAGGCUUUUGAAAGCACAACUACAUCUGUUGCGGCAAGUCAAAUGCGUAAUGCUUUAAAUAAAUUGGCUGAUACUGUUACUGAUAAAGAACAACAAUCAAAAUUCGAAAAUGAAAUGGAUUCAUUUUUUGCUUUAUUUAGAAGAUAUUUAACUGAUAAAGCUGCUGGUUCAACUUUAGAUUGGGAAAAAAUUAGAUCUCCAAAUGAUGAUGAAGUUGUUGCUUAUAAAAAUAUUGAAUCAAAUUCAACUGCUGAUAAUUUAGAUAAAUUAGCUGUUUUAAAAUUAAAUGGUGGUUUAGGUACUUCUAUGGGUUGUGUUGGUCCAAAAUCUGUUAUUGAAGUUAGAGAUGGUAAUACCUUUUUGGAUUUAUCUGUUCGUCAAAUUGAACAUUUAAAUAGAAAAUAUGAUUCUGAUGUUCCUUUAUUAUUAAUGAAUUCUUUUAAUACUGAUCAAGAUACUCAUCAAAUCAUUAGAAAAUAUGGUGGUCAUAGAAUAAGAAUUAGAACUUUUAAUCAAUCUCGUUAUCCAAGAGUUUUAAAAGAUUCUCUUUUACCUGUCCCAACUGAUUAUGAAGAUGAUAUUAAUUCUUGGUAUCCACCAGGUCAUGGUGAUUUAUUUGAAUCUUUACAUGCUUCAGGUGAAUUAGAUGCUUUAAUUGAACAAGGUAAAGAAAUUUUAUUUGUUUCAAAUGGUGAUAAUUUAGGUGCUACUGUUGAUACCAAAAUCUUAAAUCAUAUGUUGGAAACUAAUUCAGAAUACAUUAUGGAAUUGACAGAUAAGACCAGAGCUGAUGUUAAAGGUGGUACUCUUAUCAAUUAUAAUGGUCAAGUUCGUUUAUUAGAAAUUGCUCAAGUUCCAAAAGAACAUGUUGAAGAAUUUAAAUCAAUUAAAAAAUUCAAAAAUUUUAAUACAAAUAAUUUAUGGAUUAAUUUAAAAGCUAUUAAAAGAUUAAUUGAAUCAAAUUCAAUUCAAGUUGAAAUCAUUCCAAAUGGUAAAACUAUUACUAAUAAAUCUGGUCAAGAAAUUAAUGUCUUACAAUUAGAAACUGCUGUUGGUGCUGCUAUUAGACAUUUCAACAAUGCACAUGGUGUUGUUGUUCCAAGAUCAAGAUUCUUACCAGUUAAAACAUGUUCAGAUUUAUUAUUAGUUAAAUCAGAUUUAUUCUAUUUAGAACAUGGUGCAUUAGUCUUGGAUCCUUCAAGAUUUGGUGCAAAUCCUUUAAUCAAAUUAGGUUCACAUUUCAAAAAAGUUUCAGGUUUUAAUUCAAGAAUUUCUCAUAUUCCAAAAAUCUUGGAAUUGGAUCAUUUAACUAUAACUGGUAAUGUUACAUUAGGUAAAGGUGUUGUAUUAAAAGGUACUGUGAUCAUUGUUUGUUCAGAAGGUCAAAGAAUUGAUAUUCCAAAUGGUUCUGUUUUAGAAAAUGUUGUUAUUACAGGUAAUUUAACCAUUUUAGAACAUUAA